AUGGCUCCAAACGCUGCGGACAAAUGUCCUGUCAUGAAUAAUGCUGCGGAAAAAUGUCCCGUCAUGCAUUCUAAUGGAGUCUCCUCCAUCCAAAGCCAUGGCCCUAGGGACAUCUAUACGCUUGAGGCGUUAUCCCACUUCAACCGAGAAAAGAUCCCAGAGCGAGCAGUCCAUGCCAAAGGCACUGGAGCAUACGGGGAAUUUGAGGUCACUGCCGACAUCUCCGACAUUUGCAAUGUUGAUAUGCUGCUAGGAGUUGGCAAAAAGACGCAAUGUGUCACCCGUUUCUCAACAACUGGCCUCGAGCGUGGGUCCUCCGAUGGAGUGCGAGACCUGAAGGGCAUGGCUGUUAAGUUCUUCACUGAACAGGGAGACUGGGACUGGGUCUCGCUCAACUUCCCGUUCUUCUUCAUCCGUGACCCAGCCAAGUUCCCCGACAUGAUACACUCACAGCGACGGGAUCCCCAAACAAAUUUACUUAACCCGAGCAUGACAUGGGACUUUGUGACGAAAAACCCUGAAGCAUUGCACAUGACCCUUUUGCAACACAGUGAUUUUGGCACAAUGUUCACAUGGAGGACACUUAGCAGUUAUGCCGGCCAUGCGUUUAAAUGGGUCAUGCCUGACGGAUCAUUCAAAUACGUGCACUUCUUCCUGGCGUCUGACCGGGGCCCUAACUUCACGGACGGAUCAACUGCCAAAAUCGAUCCUAACGAUCCAGACUUUGCCACUAAGGACCUAUUCGAAGCCAUAGAGCGUGGUGAUUAUCCUACAUGGACUGCCAACGUCCAAGUCAUUGAUCCCAAGGAUGCCCCCAAAUUAGGCUUCAAUAUUCUCGAUAUAACAAAGCACUGGAACCUGGGUACAUACCCCAAGGGUCUAGACACAAUUCCAUCCCGCCCAUUUGGAAAGCUUACCCUGAACCGUAACGUGAAAGACUAUUUCACCGAGGUUGAGAAACUUGCCUUUUCUCCUUCAAACCUUGUGCCUGGCGUUGAGCCGUCCGAGGACCCUAUCCUUCAGGCUCGCAUGUUUGCCUAUCCUGACGCUCAGCGCUACCGCCUAGGAAUUGAUCAUCUCAAAGCACCAAUUCGCCGCAAGGAGACUUCUUGUAAACAUGACCUUGGCCCGGAAUUCGACCAGUGGCUUUCCCAGGUUACCUCGGAGUCAUGGUCUCAUCCACAUGAGGACGACUACAAGUUUGCUAGGGAGUACUAUGAAGUUCUACCUGAAUUCCGGAGCCAAGAAUUCCAGGACAGAAUGGUGGAGAACCUGUACAAGUCUGUAGCCCAGGGACCUGAGGACCUCAGAAAGAGAGUCUACGAAACUUUCGAGCUUGUUUCAACUGAGCUUGCUCGUCGUGUCCGCGAAGGAGCAGAGGUUAUUGUUGCCGACAUGGCACAACCUGACUCGCCCGAGCGGGCUCAACCUGGACAACAAAGACUGUAA